AUGUCUCAUACGGCUUUGCCCUUUCUGCCCGGGAAUGUAUUUGAUAGAAAAAUUGGGAAGGAAAAAUUUCACAAGUCUCAUUAUCUUGAGAAAAAGUUCGAUUUAGGCUACUUAUUUCACGAUAACAAACCCGGUAUCGGUGGCGACCGACUUCCAGGACAGCGAAUUGAACCACAAACAAGUAUCUAUCCUACGGGCUGCAAUUCACAGGUUCCUGCAUGGAUUGCAUUUGACAAGCAGGUUUUGUGCUUCGACGCCUACUUCCAACAGGCCAUCCAUGAACGUCGCGAUGAGCAAUACCGCGUAAGACGGUGUCAAAUACUCUUUUACCUCGAAGACGACACCAUGCAGGUUGUUGAACCGCGGAUCCAAAAUUCAGCACUUUCGCAGGGCACGAUCGUGAGGCGUCAUCGAAUUAGGAAACCGCCGCCGUACCACGAGUGUUUCUACACAGUCCACGACUUCAACGUCGGCAUUGACCUGCCAAUCUAUGGCCGCGUCUACAGAGUCGUCUCCUGCGACCAGUUUACUGCGGCCUUUCUGCGCAAGAUGGGCGUCCGACUGAACGAACCGGAGCCAAUUCCAGAGGAUCCAUACACAAACUACCGAAUAGCCGUUGCCGACUCAAUGCAACCGCGGAGGCCUCUUGAGCGACUGGACAAGUUGCGACAAUUCCUGGACCACGACAGACACGUUCUACGAUUCUUCUGUUUCUGGGAUGACACUGACAACCCCUUCGGAGACGCGCGCGACUUUGUCCUGUGCUACUUCUUGGCUGACGAUACCAUCGAGAUUCGUGAAGUAAUCCCCGCCAACUCCGGUCGUGAUGCUGUGCCGUGUUUUCUGAGGCGUCAGAAACUUCCAAAGGGAGUCCAGCCCCUACCACUUCCGGGUACUGUCUCUGACCGCACAAUACUGAACACCUCGAAUGCGUCGAAAGGCGAUCAUUACACCGACCAGGAUCUCACCCUUGGUUCCGUUCUCAAUGUCUAUGGGCGGAAAUUUCUCAUCUGCGACUGCGAUGAAUUCACCAAAGAGUACUAUAAAACUAAGUAUGGCAUAACAACUUUCACGCCGGUGGCUCCACCGAAACCGGACUGCGGACACCCGCCUCAAAAGGAGGACCCGCCGUACAACGGUUGGGGCACAGACGAGGACUCGUUGACCAACUGCCGAAGCCUCCUGCCCGUCCCACCGCCGACAGACUUUGCCAAGUUCAUGGAGAAGGACGCGUGCGGUCUGGAAUCGCAUGUCCUGCGAUUCGCGGCUCGAAUUCUCACCGACGAACCCUACGACAAAGACCGCUGCUUCAUCGUCUCCUGUUUUCUUCGCGACGACACCUUCAUGGUGUACGAACCACCGGUUAAAAAUUCAGGUUUUAAGGGGGGCAAGUUUAUGGAGCGUCGCAAAGUGAUGAAGCCGGGCCAGCCAAUCUUCCGCACCAAGCUGCCCAUCUACUACGCCCCGGUGGACCUGUUUGUCGGCGCUCAGGUGGUCUUCAACAACUUCGUCUUCGAGAUCUGCGGCGCUGACGAAUACGCCUACGCCUACAUGGAGGCGCAUCCAGCCGAGUUCCCCUACGCGGACCUGCAGAGCAUCCUGAAGAAGCUGCGACCUCUGGUGAAGGGACGCGAGGAGGAGAUCAAACGCCUCACCGCCAAGGCCGAUCCACAUGCCACCGGGAGUGUCGAGUUCGCGCGAUUUGAGCAGCUCAUUCGAAACAUUCUCAAGGACCCUCGAAUGGACCCAGUUUGUAUUGUGGCGCAUGAGGUCGCCACGCUUGCCCGCCACUACGCCGUAAAAGUUCCGAAGGAGACAAAUUACAUGGCGGUCAUAGGUGUGGCCCAGCAACAGCUCCGCAAGGCGGCGUUUGAGGAGUUCCAAGAGCUGCUAGACGCCUGCCGCUACGAGGACAUUGAACAGAGCGGCAGCAUAGAACAGAGCACCCUCCGACGCAUCUGCCGAGCCAAUCGCGUUCCACUGCCCGACGAUCUUCUACUCACACUCAUGGAAAUAUCGCAGAACUUCGACAACGGCCUAGUCUACUACGAGAGCUUCAUUAACCAAUUGAAUUGGCGCUGCAACCCUGUGGCUCCAGGCACGGUGCCCUGCGACUACACCGGCAAUCUUGAGGUGGAGUGGUCGUCCUACAUUAAAGGGGGCUCCUCCGUCUCCCCCACGAAGGGCUCCUGCCAGCACGCGCUCACCAGCCUCAACCUAGAGAGGGUGCGAUACGGUGCAAUGAUUGCCGACCUCAACGACACCUCCAUCUGCACGUGA